GCGAAGGGCGCGCGCAGAGGAGGAGCGGCGCUGUGCAAGUGGAGGUCACCUGAGUGGAGCAUGGCAGCAGCGUUAAUGUUCCGCGGAUCCGCCAGCUUGCUCUGCAAGCCUAGGACGGUGCACACUGCUAGCCUCGCACUGGUGUGUUCUAGGGCAAUGGCCUCCAAAACCCCUGUUGGAUUCAUUGGGCUGGGUAACAUGGGAAAUCCAAUGGCAAAAAACCUGGUAAAACAAGGAUAUCCUGUUAUUGCAUAUGAUGUAUUCCCAGAAGCUUGCAAAGAAUUUCAAGACUCGGGUGCACAGGUAACGGAUUCUCCAGCAGAUGUAGCAGAAAGAGCAGACAGGAUUAUUACUAUGCUACCUUCCAGCCCCAAUGCAGUAGAAGUUUACAUGGGAGCAAAUGGAAUUCUAAAGAAAGUGAAGAAAGGUUCCUUGUUAAUAGAUUCCAGUACUAUUGAUCCCGCAGUUUCAAAGGAACUGGCUAUUGCAGUUGAAAAAAUGGGAGCUGUUUUCAUGGAUGCCCCUGUUUCUGGAGGAGUUGGAGCCGCUCGAGCUGGAAACCUUACUUUCAUGGUUGGUGGAGUGGAACAAGAGUUUGAUGCUGCCAAAGAGUUGCUGACAUGCAUGGGUUCCAAUGUGGUCUAUUGUGGAGAGGUUGGAACUGGACAGGCAGCCAAGAUCUGCAACAACAUGCUCUUAGCUAUCGGUAUGAUUGGAACUGCUGAAGCUAUGAAUCUUGGAAUCAGGUUAGGGCUUGACCCAAAACUGCUGGCCAAAAUCCUAAAUAUGAGCUCAGGUCGUUGCUGGUCAAGUGACACUUACAAUCCUGUUCCAGGAGUAAUGGAAGGAGUACCUUCUGCUAAUAACUACCAAGGUGGCUUUGGAACAACACUCAUGGCUAAGGAUCUUGGCCUGGCACAGAUUUCUGCUACCAACACUAAGACACCAGUCCCCCUGGGAUCUCUAGCACAUCAGAUCUACAGGAUGAUGUGUGCAAAGGGCUAUGCCCUGAAAGACUUCUCAGCCGUGUUCCAGUUUUUACGUGAGGAGGAGAACUUGUGAGCUGUUUUUAAGCAACGGACACUAUUACAAACCAAACGCUUUUUUGGGAACCUUCUUGUAGCUCAUUUGAGAAAUAUUUGGGUUUAGUCAGUGGUCACAAGUCAUGAUCCCGAUCCCAUGCAGAUCUCUCUGCUUUUGGUUGUCCAGGUCACAGCAAACUCCAGGAUUUUGCAUCAUUUGAUUGGUGGAAAAAGGGGUUGUUUGUUUUGGCUACACAGUAACAGUUUUUUAAGAAGCAUGGUAAGAUUUUCACAAGCAAAUACUUUUUAUUAAGUACCUAAUUCUUUGCAUAUAAAACACCUGACAUAAUGGCUAUUAGUUGUACAAGGUAGUUAAACUGACUCUUAUAUAGUAAAAGGAAUGACAUUUGGUGGCCAGUGUUGCUGAUAAACUGGCUUUCAUUAGUUCCUAAUAAAAAUGAAGUUCUUUGUGGAAAAAGGGAAAACCCUAACAAGGAAGAAAUGCAUCUGAGAUGGAUUUCCCUCCCACUUUUUCUUAAAUAUACUAGCUUUUAGUCUUAAAAGUGGGUUGAGUUCUCCUUUGUAUUAGUGUUCCUGAUUUUAACUUCUCGGUGAGUGUAAGUGGAAAGCUGUUACAAAAUAUUUAACUGAUAGACUUAGUUCAAAUAACAUGGUAUGUAUGCCUAUCUUGUAAAGCUCCAUUAUUAUACUUUGCUAACCCAAUUUUAUAUUUUCUUAUACCCUAUUGCACAUUUUCAAAAUUGAUAAAUAGCACCUACUAAAAAUUCUAAUGUACAUUUGCUUUAAGUAACUACUGCAAUAUUAUAAAUCUAAAUAAAUCCCAUUAUUUUGAAGUCAAAUAAAAAUCUGUGCUGCUAAAUGCCUGCUAUAAAGUUGCUUGUGGGUUUUUAAUGCAAUCUUGUACUAGAUUUUUCAUAAAGCAUCCUGCAUAAGCAUUGAAUAGCUCUUCUUAUGAAAUGUGUAAAGUGGCAUAUUUGGAUAUUCAUUUCUCAAAGCAUUCCCUGAUCCCUGAACUUUCAAGGGCUCACACAUGCUAUAUUUUAUGUAUGUGCGUGCGGACCUCGGUGGAACUUCUCAGGUGCAUAAAUAUUUGUUGAACUGGGGACUUAAUGGUCAGGUAUGUAUUUCAUAAGAAUACUUUCCACAUUUUAUGGGUACAGUUGCCCAUUUAAUAUGUAUAUGCAAUUAAUACAAUUGUGAGCAUGGGUUAGCAGCAUAUGCGUAUGGAGAAUUCUCUGAAAACGAAUUGAUAGUGGACACUGAUUUGUACUUUUUCACAACAUCAUACAUAACUUCAAAUAAUACUGGUAACUUACUUGCCUUUAAAAGAUGAUUUUUGGAGUAUGGUCACAUGAACAAGUCACUGGAAGCUGAGGUUGGGUAUGAACUUAUAUAACUUCUGAUGCUCCAUAGUAGUGGCCUGUCCGCAUGUUCUUACUGUACUUUAACUGAGGAGAAAGUUACCUUGCAUUUACUAUGCUGUAAGAGCAUGCAUGUACCUAGUUACCAUGGAGUAGCUGUCAUAAUAUAUAUAUUUACACUCUAGCUUGUCUCAUGAUAACUUGUUUAUAUGUUCCUAUGCUUUGGUACCAAAAUAGAGCUCUGGGUUAUUAAGGGUCUUUAGUUCAUCACUAGUAUAGAUAGGCAUAAUAUUACUGGAAACACAUUGGCUACCACAGGUGAAAGGUGUGUUGAAUGAAGCAAGGGAUUAUAGCAAGACUGUAAUCCGGUUUGUACCUCUGCUACAUAUGAAUCGCAUGGCUGAUUCUCCUUCAUGCUAUCUUGAUGCCCAGCAGGGGAGCUAAUGAGGAAGCAAAAAAACCCCAAGACACUACCCUAGCUCAGCCUGAAGCACUGAGGGCAAUCUUUAAAGAGAAUGUCUGGAAUGUCCCAUAGUCCUGGGUUGGUAAAAGCAUUCUUAGUUGCUCUGUGAGGAUGGCAUUUGCAAAGACUAUUGCACACUAUUUAGCAUUGAGGUGAAGCACACUCAGCAAGGUUAUUCAGAAUAUCUUUUUGGAGUUUGUAAGCUGCUAAGACCAAGGCAGCCCCUGAGCAUGUGCAAACAACUUUCUUUCUCUCCCACAAAGGCUUUUAACAAGGAAAUAUGGACAGAUUUUUACAGAGGCAACACAAAACAUGUCCAGAGUUUCUACUGCAAAGCUAUGGGGGUCUUAAAACGAUUCAAAGGAAAGGUUGCCUACAUUCUGCAAAUUUUUCUCUAAGACUUAUUUUCGGAAAAGGCUGAAACAAUUUAGAUUAAAUUUUCCAAAAAGAAAUCAGCUGGAGGCAGAUAGCCAGCAGGUAAAAUCCUAGUCCAACCAGUUAAUUUGACAAGGUUAUGAACAACUUUAAAAAGGGUCUCAUUAUGGCAAGAACUACCAGUUAUACAUCUAGUACAGUUUAUUUUAGAAUGCAUAUUUUUGCUAUUUCUAUAAGGGAAUAUUGUAUUAUUAGAUAGAUAAAUAGCUUUUUAAAAAGAUGGAUACAGUGGUAUUCAUGCUAGAAUUAUAUACAAUAGCUGUAAAAUUGUAAAGCCUCAAGCAGGGGGAUAAAUUCCUACUGCACUCAAGUUUAAAGUACUAAAUUAUUGUCUCUGCAAAAUAGCAAGCGUUAAAACCUGUAAUUUGUCAGUUUAAAACAGAAAAGUGGUAAACUGUCAAAUUUCUGUGCUAAUGACCUCUCAGAACAUACACACACAUUAGGUACGAUAAAUUAGCUGUGUAUUUUUGUAAAUGUCUCAAAGGGAAAUUUUAAAGGAACUUCUUUUAAACUAGUUUGAAUAUUAAAGUGUUCCUCCCAUCAUACUCGCUCAGACUGGGAAUGCAUUAUUGAUAAACAGAACACUGGAACCCAAUAAAGCUAAGACUUUUUUUUUUUUUUUUGCUUUAGAAAAGUGUAUCCAAAGCAGCCUUCCCUUAUUUAUUACGCAAUGCAACAUGUCUUUAAAUGAUGGUCAGAAAACAGUUGCUUAACAGGAGAAGCUUUUCUAUUCAGAAACGGAACAGGGUACUACUCCAUAGUUUUAUUUGCAUCUUUAGAUGCCCUUGUAGGAAGAAAAGGUAUUCUGAACAAAAGGAAAUAUGUAAAGGUGUUGGGUAAAUUUCAGGGUCUGUCAGAGUUGGUGGCAAAAAAAAAAUCCCAUUAAUUCCAGCAGUGCCAGGAUUUUCUUCUGAUUUUUUUUUUUUUUUAAAGGCCUCUCAUAAUGUCAGGCAUUGGCCAUGGAGGAAAGAAAGCUUGUCUUCUAUUUACUGUACUAGUACACAAGAUGUUAUCAGUAUUUCCUUUACUUUACCAUUUUGAUGUGCAAGGCUGAGGAAAUAAGGUUCUGCAACUCCCCAGAAAUGCCCCUGUGGUGGACAACUUGAUUACUUGGCUUACUACCUGUUUCCUCCUGCCUUCUUUUUUGUCCCUCAGAGCUUUGACUGACACUUUCCCUCACUUCUCUACAGGAAGUUUGUUUGACCCAUGAAUCCCUGCAUUAAAAAGGGGGAAGGGAGACUUAAGAUUGAUAAAAGAAACUUGGUAACAUUGUAUUAAGACAGGAAGUUGCCUCCUGGGGAGAUUUUAAACACCUCUGCUGAGGUGGGCAUGGGUGUCUUAUGGUGUGAUUAAAAUUCAAGGACAGAGCCAGGAUUUCGGGGGCUGAUCAGAUUCUUAAAACCAACAGAAGCUUCAGGGGAUAGUAUAAACCAUGUGAAACUAAAAAGCUGUUACACAACACGAGGAUUAAUUUAGUUAAGUACCCACACAUUAGAAUAAAUACUCUUAUUCUGAUAGCCUUGUACCUACAACAGUUAAGACUUUCCCUGCUUUUAAAUGUAACAACAUAACAGAUGUAUAACCAAUCUCUUAAAUUUUGCUGAUAUCCUGAAGUUUGGAAAGAUUUGUCGCUUUCAUAUAGUUUAUUUGUCACAGCCUGCCAAGUCUCCAGUCUCACUGGUACAGUUGUGUGAAUUUUUUAAAUAAGGAACUAUGUAAAUUUUGCUGGUACUGUCAGGCUGAUGGAGAAUGAAUUAUUUUAUGUAGCUAGUAGAUUGAAUAGAUUUAAGAUUUUUAAAUCUUGACCUAGAUGUACAUUCGCCAGGGGGUUCAUUCAGUGCAUAUUCAUGGUAGAUUGAAACCUAUAAAUAACUUCAAAGUAAGGAUAGGAGCCUAAUCCUAUUUCCACCUAUUAGGUGCCAAAGUAUGAUCCUAUUGCACCUUGUUGAAGUCAAAUUUAAAAAGAAAAUGUUAAUGUGCUUACUUUUGUAACAUGCCUUUAUCUUAGCUUAGAAUAGUGUUUCUCAACCAGUGUUAUGGCACUCUGGGGUACCUUGAGAUCUUUUCAAGGGUACCAUGGGGUGCCACACAGUGUUAGCACUGUUAGGUGCACAAGCACGAUUCACAAAAUAAACCCAGAGAUCUCAAAUAGGAAUUCAUAAUGUCUAAAACAUUAUCACCUGUUGUGAUCUUUCUGAGUUCUUUGCAAGAGAAUUGGUCUAUUAUUUUUCUGUAGUCAAAAAAUGAGUAAAAACAAAGCUGGCAUUUUCUGAGGGCUGUUACAAGUCUAAAAAGGUUGAGAACCAUUGGCUUACAAGAAAAUCCUGAAAAAGCAAUGAGCUGGAGAAACAUGCAUUUGUACUCACUUUUUUCAGGAACCCAAGCAGGGUGGAAUAGAAUUGCAUGUUGUUGCUACUUAAGUAUGUAAUAUACAGAACAGGACCAGGCCCCAUAUUUCUUAAUGUAGCUACUGCAUAAUUAAAAGCAGUUUGACGCUUUUCCUGGUUGCACCUCCAGCCCCACUAUUUCCCUAUUAACAUUAAUCCUGACCUGGAGACUUCAUUCUUCUUAAGGGUCAGGCAGAAGGCAGGGCAGGGUGGCACUGUAAAGACUAACUCAUUCAGAAAGGCGUAAGCUGUUAUAGGCUACAGCCUAUUUCAGCUAGCAGAGAUGCUUUCUUCUUGCUUGUUUAGUUUUGUGAUUUAGUGUAUCUAGUUUGCCAACAAAUAAAUAAAUAAAACCUCACUGGCAAAGUACCUCAAGGAGGCUACUACAGGGUAAAAUAGUUAUUACCUUGAUCUGGAAACAUUAGCAUGCUGUCUCAUAUUUUAUAUACUGCGUUGAUUUCAAAAGAUCUCAAAGCACUUUAUUCACUAACUAUUAUGCAGAAUUAGUUCACUGACAACUGAAAUGCAGCUAUCUUGGGAGCAUAAUGCAGCAAUUGGUACAGUGCAUAGCAACCCUGACAAAUGAAACAUAUUCUACCUAGUUGUAACUGCAGAGGAGAACCUAGGUAAGAAAAAUAUAAUUAUCAGAUAUGAAAUUUGGCCUGAGCAGACUUUGUGCUGGGACAACAUUUUCCUUAAAGACAGACUUUUAUUAUGUACUAGCAGAAACACCUGUUGUUGGUCUUACAUGCAUUUAUAAUGUUGAUGCCUUUAGAAGCCUGACAGCUAAUUAAGGUGCAUGUCUUGGCAGGCAGCUGAACUAAGUAAGUAAUCCAGAGAGCAUGUCUACAUUGUCAAGGACUGCUCUAGGGAACACUGCAACAAGACACAGAAGACUUCCUCUGUUCAUGUUGUAGUACAAAAGAGUGUGCUUCCUGAAGUCAGCUCUGGACAUGCGCACUCAGCUUUCUGUUUUGGGUAUGCUUAUUGGCAUGCCCCAAGCGCUGCACUAAGGCAGCUAUAUUGCAUCCAUUUUCAGGUGAAGCAUACAUGGAGUCCAUGUGCUGUACUUUGCAAAUGGCCCAUUGAUGGCACAGAGAAGCCCAGAGGGUGGUACUUUCAAGUUCUUGGGUUGAAUAUCAUGGUCUACCUGCUUAGUUCUCUGGCAUUUUUCCAAAGGGCUUAGGCUAUGUGUGCUGCUGGUUGUAUUGGCAGUGUAGUGUAGACCAGGGGUGUAGCCUGGAGCUGUGUCAUUUGCCACACUGGGCUCCCCCUGGGUCCAAAAAUUUGGCACCUGGGAAACAGUGGCCACUCACCUGCUGCCAAAUUUCCUGCCCUGUAGGUAACUCCACUGGCCAGAUCAAGUGGCCCUGUGCACUGGACCCAGUCCUGGCACAUGAGGCUGCACAGGGGUGCCAGAGCCCAAACCUGACAUGUGUGGCUAGGUAGGGACUUCAUUCAACCUGCAGGCCAGCCUCUUGCCACUCAUCUGGUCUGGGGGGCCAAAAGGUUGAGGACUACUUGUAUAGACAUUUCCAAACUAGCUUGCAAUUGGGUAGCUCAACCACCAUAGCAGCAACCUACCCAAGCUGCUGGACAUAGAUUUUUCUUUUUCACUGGCAUUACGAUCUAUGCUGCCUCAGCUAAAUUCUUAGUGGUACCCUCAUUAGCCCCACCUAACCAGAUUACAGUAUUGAAAUGCCCUUAGAGCUUCCAUGAUCUUGCUUGCAAAAUUGUUGUGUAAUGAAUCCAGGCUGGCCAAUGUCCCAGAAUUACUAUUCCAAGUAUAAUGGUAACACUUAGAGGUUCCAUUCAGAAUCGGGGCUUUACUGUCCUAGACACUGUACAAACAGAGUAAAACACAAAUCUAGGUCAUGCAGUUUAAUUGAAAGCAGCUCAGCUCUAUACAUACUGUCCUCUUAACUUCUACAUCACCCUAUCUUUAGCCACUGUCCUUUAGUUUUGCUGUCUCCAUGUCACAUUUCUUUAUUCCCAUGCCUCUGUGUGUACUGGUGUAUGUUUGGCCAGGUACCUUUUUUUCCUAUUAUAUAAUAAAUGUCAUUUGGCUGAGGUUUUUCAGUGCCUUGGCCAUGUCUGUGUAUAACUGUCUUGCAGAUUUAGGACUGCCGCAUGUUACUGUAAGUGUCAUUUUAAACUCUCUUGAUGUCCUCUUAUUAUGGUACUUGCAAAGCCAGCAUAAAGGUCCCCAAGAAGUGAGAGUACCAAAAAAGAGUCGCUUCUACUCAAGAAUUGUCGCAGAUAUGUGGAUUUAAGAUGGGCUUGAAUUUUUGUGGCAUCUUUUUUGUGGCCUGUGUCUGAGUCAACCUUGAAUAACCCUGGAUUGGCCAUAGGUAGGAGGCUUUGAAAUUGGUUUAUGUGGGGUUUUUUAACUAAUUUUUUGGGGUCAAAGGCUCCUUCAUUUCUGUGAGCUGCUGCUGUCUACCUGUGUGGUAUGUGUCUAAAUGUGGUUAUUACAUUGUAUUACAUUACAUCAUAUUGUAUUUGUACAGUACUGCAUAUGCUGUCAGUGCUCAAUAAUAAUUGUUAUUUUCCCCUGCCAGGAUGCACAAAAAACUGCUAAGUAAAACAAGCAAAACUGCUCUCCAGUUGCUUGAAGAGCUAAUACAAAUAAAUUGUCCUCUCUGCAAAGUCA